AUGACCAAUGAUGACUCACUGGGCGAGAACAUUGAGCUAUUGCAUGUGCCUAAGCACUAUCGAAGCUCCGACGGUCUGAUUCAUCCCGCAUCCGAAGACAACUCCGAGGCAGGAACACAAAAUGAUGACCUAGAAGAGAAUAAUGAACAGAAUCAGAAUCCAGGCAAGAACAAAGGGCUCUUCGAAGGAUGGAAAUUCACUAUCUUUCUGGCUUUCACAUCGAGUGUUGUGGUAUUGUUGUUUAAUGUCGCGUUUCUGUUGUUCACAACCAUCCGGACCCAAAUGGGCCAAGACGCCGCGCUGGCAAGAGGAAAUUGCGACAGAGUACACCGACUCAGUACUGGACUACACUGGAUGAUUAACGCACUGAGUACGAUUCUCCUCGCCUCUAGUAAUUUUGGAAUGCAAGUCCUACUUGACAUCGGGGUGCCGAGCAUAGGCAAUCUAUUCCGUGUAUCAUUUCAUCGCACACUAUUAUGGUUUUGCUUAUCAUUGUCGUCGCUUCCACUGCAUGUGUUCUAUAACUCCGCAGUCUACUACCAAACUGCUGUCCCCGCCUAUGACAUAUUUGUUGGACCGGGCUCCCUAGGUCAGAUGGAUCUGUCAGAUGUUCAUCUGAUUAAUCAAACCAUGGACUCCGGAAUAGGCGAUUCCCUCCAAGAGCUCUUUUAUGCGGCAAAGAACGGGACCUUGAAACACCUGGACAGCGCGGCCUGCGUCACAGCCUUUGGUCAGACCUACCAGACGUCAUACGGUCGACUUCUCUUGGUAUCCGAAAACGAAUCAAAUAGUGGGUACUCUCUCAUAUAUACAAAUCCGGUAUAUCGACCAGACUCCUCGGCUUCCGUUGGAGCUGGAAACGGAGCGGUUUCUGCCUAUCCAUGGAUAUGUCCCAGGGCCAUUGACUGUCGGACCAAGGGGGCUUCCCCGGUUCAUAAACUGGCAGAACAUAACGCUUGGAACGUGAGUGUUCAAACAGGCUUUGAGACCUCUUACGAUGAAUCGAACGUUGUAGUUAGGCACUAUCAGGUUGAAUACUGUCUCGCGGAGCCCAUACCGGAGAAUUGCAAGUUGCAGUAUUCUGUGCCUUUGAUAGGCAUCACAGUUGCAUGCAACUUUGUGAAAGCAUGUAUACUUCUCUAUAUUUGGAUUGGGAUGAAGGAAGCUCCCAUAUUAACUGUGGGCGAUGCAAUCGCGUCUUUCCUCCGUCGGCCGGAUCCCUAUUCGAAGGGUAUGUGUUUGCCGUCUGACGAAACCGGAGUAUAUAUACCUCCCAUUCGAGCGACGCCUCAUGCACUCCAACACAGCAAAUUGCGCCACCCCGUGUCGUAUUCUGGCAAGCGGAAUCAUUGGGGCUCUGCUAUCUCUAGUCGCUGGGGUUUCUUUAUCUUCUUUUGGAUGGUCUCCUUCGUGGUCUGUAUUAUGUUGCUUUUUAUAUCAAUUGCCGGGCUGAGCAGAAGCGCCGGGGAAGUUCUGAAAGGGAAGCUCGGGGCUAUUUCUUCGGAAACGAUUUUCGGUGUCGAGAGUUCCGGCCACAGCCUCGUGGCCAGCUCUUUCAUCGCCAACUUACCGCAGCUCAUAUUCUCAUUCCUCUACGUUGCCUAUAACAGUCUUUUGACCUCCAUGUGCCUCGCCGCUGAAUGGAGCGGCUUCGGAAACCGUCGCAAAGGACUGCGCGUUUCGCAUAGCCCAAAGCUAUCUCAGCGGAGUAACUAUUUUCUUUCGAUCCCGUAUCGAUAUGCGAUACCGCUGAUUACUACCUCUGCAAUCUUGCAUUGGCUCGGCUCGGAAAGCCUUUUCGUGAUCGCCGUCGAGGCCUACGAUACGAAAAUGCAAAAGGACCCUUCGCACGAUCUAUUCGCGUGUGGAUACUCGCCGGUUGCGAUUAUCAGCGGAGUCUCGGUUGCAAUUGUCAUGUUUACGUGCUUGAUAGUGCUUAGUCUUCGGAGGUUUGAGUCGGCAAUGCCCGUGGCCGCGAGCUGCAGUUUAGCCAUUGCUGCGGCGUGCCAUCCACGAUGUAAUCCUAACGAGGGGUCAGCGGGACCAGAUGCUGUGGAUGCUGUAAAGGAGAUGGAUUCUGAAUGUGAAGAUGAAGAGAUGGAGGUAUUGCCUGUUAAAUGGGGUGCUGUCGAAGUUUCUGGGCCCGUGGGGCAUUGCUGCUUUACUUCUGGUGAGGUUUAUCCGCUUGAGGAAGGGAAGAAAUAUCAAUGAGUAUGUGGCCAGGUACGAUAUUUGCGAGC